AACCGUGGCCUCCACCUCAUUCCCCCAAAUCCUCCGUCUCGCAAUCCCCGCUUCCAUCGGAAGAGCGACGGGUCCCCGCCCUCCGUUGCCGCGCCCUUCGAUCUCCACCGGCCCCCUCCUCACCAUUCACUCCCCCGUCUCACGCUUGUCCUCCAAGAUCUCCUUCUGUUGUGGGUUUGAAUCAUGGUUUGCUGAACCGUCCCAAACCGAACCAUUCAGGGUGUUCUGAGCCAUAUCGGCCGCCAACUAGGACGGUUUGGCCUUUCCAAUCGAAACACUGGACGAAGGAGAGGGAAAGAGAGGGAGAGAGAGAGGGGAGAGGAGGAAAAAAGGGGACAACAUUGUCGGAGGAUUUGUGGUGGCCCAUCGAGACUGUCAGAGGGCCAUGAAGGCCUCCGUGGCUCCAUGUUGCUUGAAAGGAUGUUUAAUCGAGAGAGAUAGAGAGAGAAAGAGGGAGUGAGGGUAUCGAAGGAAGGCGCAACUGGUGGAGAAGCAGUUGGAGGACGCCAGGUGGCCGCCGUGGCCACCGAACGGUGAAAGAGGCGCAGUUGGAGCCGCGGCAAUAAAACAGAGCUGACUGCCCCCAUUCAUCGAUUUUUCUUUUUAAACAAUGAUGAACAGUGAAGCCGGCACUGUUGUACCAGUUUCAAGCAAAAGUUGCUUAUCUCACAUUGGACUUAAGAGGCGCUGCCCGCUAGUUGGAAUUUUUAAAAAAGGGAUAAAGUGCAGCUAUUGCCAUUCUGUUCCAGUUAUGGCUGAUGACAUUCCUGCAAGCAUUUCAAAUGGUAAUACACAACAUGAUCCGAAGAGGACUUUUCAGGUUGUUGUUGCUGCCACUCGAGAUAUGGGUAUUGGGAAGGAUGGGAAGUUGCCAUGGAAGCUGCCAUCCGACCUUAAAUUUUUUAAGGAGGUUACUAUGACUGUGUCAGAUCCUGUAAAAAAGAAUGCUGUGAUAAUGGGUAGGAAAACAUGGGAAAGCAUUCCUCUUCAGAAUAGGCCUCUGCCUGGUCGUUUGAAUGUUGUGCUGACUCGCUCUGGGAGUUUUGAUAUCGCAACAGCUGAGAAUGUUGUUAUCUGCGGAAGCAUGAAUUCUGCCUUAAAGCUGCUGGCAGCAACCCCUUAUUGUUUGUCAAUUGAGAAAGUGUUUGUUAUAGGUGGUGGCCAGGUAUUAAGGGAAUCUCUUAACGCACCUGAAUGUGAAGCCAUUCAUCUCACAGACAUAGAAACAGACUUUGAAUGUGACACUUUCAUCCCUCCAAUUGAUUUUGCGGUGUUUCAACCAUGGCAUUCGUCCUUCCCAUUGGUAGAGAACAAUAUCAGGUAUUCUUUUGUGACAUAUGUUCGUGUGCGGCGUUCAGCUACUGAGCUUCAUGCUCUGCAUGAUGGGGGAAAAACUGAUGGUAAAUUGUAUUUGAAUAAGUUUGAGGUUCAAAGGUUCUCAUUUCUUCCUAAAAUGAUACAUGAAAAACAUGAGGAAUAUGUGUAUCUUAGACUUGUGCAAGAUAUCAUAGCAAAUGGUGCCCAAAAGAAUGACAGGACAGGGACUGGAACACUAUCAAAAUUUAGUUGUCAGAUGCGGUUUAAUUUGCGAAAAUCUUUUCCGUUGCUUACAACCAAGAAAGUAUUUUGGCGAGGUGUUGUUGAAGAACUCUUGUGGUUCAUCAGUGGUUCAACAAAUGCAAAGGCUUUACAGGAAAAGGAUAUACAUAUUUGGGAUGGCAAUGCAUCAAGAGAGUACCUUGAUAGUGUUGGCUUAUCAUUUAGAGAAGAAGGUGACUUAGGGCCAAUAUAUGGGUUUCAAUGGAGACACUUUGGUGCUGAGUACACUGACAUGCAUGCUGAUUACACUGGAAAAGGAUUUGAUCAGCUAUUGGAUGUCGUUGACAAAAUAAAGAACAAUCCAGAUGAUCGUCGCAUCAUUCUCUCCGCUUGGAAUCCUUCUGAUCUCAAGAAAAUGGCCCUUCCUCCUUGCCACAUGUUUGCACAAUUUUAUGUGGAGAAUGGCGAGCUAUCAUGCCAAAUGUACCAACGGUCUGCAGACAUGGGUCUUGGUGUGCCAUUUAACAUUGCAUCGUAUUCACUUUUGACAUGCAUGAUUGCUCAAGUUUGUGCCUUGACAAGGUUUGGAUUUUCUGCAUGGCAAUAUGAUUAUUUGCGACUCCCAGGGGAAGAGAAUAUUGGCAUGAAAAAACAAAGGAAAUUCAAAUUGCAGUGCAUUGACAACUCAGAAUUUGAGCAUGGUUGACUACAAGUAAUCAGGAUACUGUCUUGCUUUCUAGAGAUUACUUCUCUGACUCUUUCCAAAUGUCUAUUGAACUAUAUGGAAUGUCAAGCUCUGUUCUUUUUUAGCUCUUUCACACAGCAGUUGUUAGCUCCAAGCUAAUAAUCAAGGUUGCAAGACCGGAGACACCAAAUUAUAACUUUGAAGCUUGUCACAGUGUCCAGGUGAAGGAAAGAAGUGCAUGAUCCAUGGUCAAAGAUUUGACUGAAAAGUGCAUUUUCAUUCAAACUUGAUGCUCUAGGAUUCCAGAUGACCAGCCAAAACAAAGGCUUGGAGCUUGCAGGAAGCCUUAAUGUGCCAGCAGUAAUUUGAUUCCUCAUUUAGGAUCUUCAUCAUAUCUAUCUAAAUAAGCCAGUUUAAGCAUAGAUAGCAAUGAGAUAUUAUGGGCUUUUGUCUGUGGAAGGUCUGAAGGAUGCUUAACGGUGUUUGCUUGCAUGUUUAGUUAUCUACCUGUUGGUAUGAAGUCUGUUCCUUGCUUUAGUGCAUAUUCCACUUUAUAUUUAGCUGUUCAAGCUAUCAUCUACUACUAUCAGUAUUUUUUGAAUUAUUUCUAUUUUGGGAUUUGGUAGGCAGGUUGGGUUUUGGGGGACAAUUUAUAGAAUUUGUUGGGCUGAUGAAAAUCUCCUUGGUUCCUGCUUUUCCCCCACCUGUGCAAAUUAGGUUAUGGGGUCCAACUAGGAUGCAUAAUGCAUAUAGAACCAUGGAUAUAAUCUGUUGUAGUUAUUUGAAGCCAUUUUCCGUAUAAAAUCAUCUGAUGAGAUUGCUAUAUAUUCAUGACCCUUUUCCUUUAUGUUGUCUAGAUACAUUUGUUUGUCUCCUUAACUGGACCCCUGUGCUUUUUGCUAUUAUUUUGCUUCAUCGCUUUUUUCUAUAUGCAGAUCUCUUGCCUGGAGAUUUUAUCCAUGUUAUAGGAGAUGCUCAUGUUUAUAGAACUCAUGUGAGGCCUUUGGAAGAGCAGCUUCAAAAGCAGCCAAAACCAUUCCCAAUUUUGAAGAUCAACCCUUUGAAGAAGGAUAUUGAGUCCUUUGUUGCAUCUGACUUCAAGCUUGUUGGGUACGAUCCUCACUACAAGAUAGAAAUGAAAAUGGCAAUAUAAUGCCUUCAGCUUUGGAGAAGAGAACUUGUCUUACUGUUCUCCAUAAUUUGGUCGGAAGCAUAGUUUAUAGAG